AUGGUGGAGUGUAUCUUUAAAGCUACUGGGAAAGUUGUUCACGGCUUUGGUAGAGGAAGUAAGGAGUUGGGAAUACCUACUGCAAAUCUGGAUGAUACUGUGCUUGAAAACCUACCGAAGUCAAUGGUGUCGGGUGUUUAUGCAGGAUUCGCUCAAGUAAACGACGGACCUGUUUACCCUAUGGUAAUGAGUCUGGGCUGGAAUCCCUUUUACAAAAAUGAAAAGAAAUCUCUGGAGGUUCAUAUUCUAAACACAUUUGAGAAGGAUUUUUAUGAUGAACGGCUUUCAAUAGUUGUUCUCUCCUAUAUCAGGCCUGAGAGGGACUUUGAAAGCGUCGAAAAACUUAUUGAGGAAAUUCAAAAUGAUAUUGCAACAACUGUGAACCUUCUUCAAACUCCCGGAUACAGAAUUUAUGCCCGGGAUUCUAUCUUCAAACUGUAG